AAAGGGAAGGCGGGUGGCGCGCUCCGGCUACAGGCUCGGCCCGGCGCUUUGGAUCCGCUUCCAUCUGUUCUUACGGUCGCUCGUCAGCCCCCUCCCCGCCAGCAGCCAACAUGGUGAAGCAGAUCGAAAGCAAGUCUGCUUUUCAGGAAGUCUUGGACAGCGCAGGAGAUAAGCUCGUGGUGGUGGACUUCUCAGCCACGUGGUGUGGGCCCUGCAAAAUGAUCAAACCUUUCUUUCACGCCCUCUCUGAAAAAUUUAACAACGUGGUGUUCAUUGAAGUAGACGUGGAUGACUGCCAGGAUAUUGCUGCAGAGUGUGAAGUCAAAUGCAUGCCGACCUUCCAGUUUUUUAAAAAGGGGCAAAAGGUGGGUGAAUUUUCUGGAGCUAAUAAGGAAAAGCUUGAAGCCACCAUUAAUGAACUACUCUAAUCAUGUUUUCUGAAAAUAUAACCAGCCUUCAGCUGUUUAAAAUUUGUAAUUUUUUUUUUAUUUACAAAAAGUAGAAAUAUGGAAACUAUAUACCCAACUGCCAUCUGAUUACAAAUGACAAUAAAAUAUCAAUUCUACCCUUUUUAAAA